AUGCCGCUUUUGGCUGCUGCCGCGCCAGCGCCAGAGCCACAGCAGUCAGGGUCGCCAUAUCCGCCAAAAAUUGUAGUGAUGGCCUCCCGGUCCGGCUCUCCAAUUCAUCUAUCACCGAUGAAUGCUGGAGGCCGUGCAUUCUCGCUAGGAGGUCCGACGCAGACCUACUGCCCCGUACAGGUUGGAGACGCCUGUCCCCCGGGCGAGCAGACGGUGAUUGCAGGUCUCAGUUCUCUGGAUGUGCUAGUACCAGGGGGGCAGCAGAUGUACGUGGAGCCCAGCGGUGCUGUGGGCUUCACACAGGCCCAUUCGGCAGCAAUUCCGCCCGGGUCUUAUAUCGGCGGAUUCACGUACGCGCCGGGGCCCAACUAUGGCGUUUAUUCGUUCAAGGGAUGGGACGCCGACGGGUUCAUGGGUUGCCCAAACCCGAAGUCGGGAUUCUAUCAAGUAUUUGCGAAUAUGAAGAACGCAACCGUGCCAACCGGAAACAUCAAAGACUGCCUGAGCUUUACAGCACUGGCCGUCAACUAUACCGGUCCCAGCCCGGCCGCUUGGCAGUAUGUUUAG